AUGGCUCCUGGCAAUGGACGCGAUUUCAACUGUUCCUGGGAGCAUUGCGGCAAGUCGUUCAAUCGCAAGUCAGAUCUCUGCCGUCACUAUCGCAUCCACACCAAUGAGCGACCCUAUCACUGCAACGUCAAAGAUUGCAAUAAGAGCUUCAUUCAGCGCAGCGCCUUAACCGUGCACUCGCGGACACAUACGGGCGAAAAGCCGCAUGUGUGUGACCACGAGGGUUGCAUGAAAGCCUUUUCAGAUUCCUCGAGUCUGGCACGCCAUCGAAGAAUUCAUACCGGCAAGCGACCAUAUAUCUGCCAGGAACCGACCUGCGAACGAAGCUUCUGCCGCAAAACUACCCUCACGAAACAUCAGCACCGCUCCCACCCGCCCGGGUCUUUGACACGACCUUCCUCGGAAGACGCGACUUCGGAGCACUCUUACCAACAUCACACCCCGGUGGCCGUGUCAAUUCCGAACGGGAACGACCAGUACCUUCUGGCGCAGCAACCCUAUUAUCAGAAUUCUGCGACGCCCAACCAUGAGUUCUACUCACCACAGAGUGUCCCGAUCGGUUCCGUCCCGGUUCAUGAUGGCGCAACCCCGAUUGUGACCCAAAACGUCCCCGUCACCUCACCGAUGAGCCUACCGCACGCCCCGCAGCAUGCGCCGCAACAUCAUCAUCCACCGCACCCGCCGCCCCACCCCCAACAACAUCAACAGCAGCAGCAACAGCAGCAAUACAUCCAGAUGAUGCAGCGCUAUGAACAAACCCCGCGCACCAACUAUAUUCCGCCAGAGUACCACCAGCCCUCCUACCCGGGCCACCAGAUCCCCGAGGGACAGCCUAUGAUGGUGGGAUAUCAUCCCAAUUUCCAGUACAAACCCCCAACCCGGAUUUUGAAUCAACCGGAGGGGACUGACUGGGGUUUCUUGGGGGUAGGUUAA